AUGCUAUGUAUGUGGAAGAUAGGUUGUGAAAAUCUUGAAUUUAAUUUAGAGGAUGACGCCUUCAAUGUUAGCAGUGCUGAGGAUAUGCUCAAGGAAAUGCUGAGUGGAAACACUGCAGUAAUUGCAGAGACAGGAGAUUCAUGGUUCAAUUGUCAAAAGCUUCGUCUCCCUGAGAAUUGCGGGUAUGAAUUCCAGAUGCAGUAUGGAUCCAUUGGGUGGUCAGUGGUUGCAACUCUUGGUUAUGCUCAGGCUGCAAAAGAUAAGCGCGUAAUAGCCUGCAUUGGUGAUGGAAGUUUCCAGGUUACUGCUCAGGAUAUUUCGACCAUGAUAAGAUGUGGACAUCCAACCAUUAUAUUUCUCAUCAAUAAUGGAGGAUAUACAAUUGAAGUAGAGAUUCAUGAUGGUCCAUACAAUGUGAUCAAGAAUUGGAACUACACUGGCCUAGUGGAUGCCAUCCAUAAUGGUGAAGGCAAAUGCUGGACUACCAAGGUAAAAACAGAGGAUGAACUGGUAGAAGCAAUAGCAGCGGCUAGAGGUACAUAUAAGGAUUCCCUGUGUUUCAUCGAAGUUUUUGUGCACAAAGACGAUACUAGCAAAGAAUUACUGGAAUGGGGAUCACUUGUUUCUUCUUCAAAUAGUCGACCUCCUAAUCCUCAAUAG